GACUUGCAUGAAGCUGGAAAGGGUUACAAAAGUAUCUCUAAAAGCCUUGAUGUUCAUCAGUUCACGGUAAGACAAAGUGUCUAUAAAUGGAGAAAGUUCAGCACUGUUGCUACUCUCCCUAGGUGUGGCCGUCCUGCAAAGAUGACUGCAAGAGCACAGCGCAGAAGAGUCAUAGAAUGUCAGCUAAAGACUUACUGAAAUCUCUGGAACAUCUCUGUUGAUGAGUCUACGAUACAUAAAAUGCUAAACAAGAAUGUUGUUCGUGUGAGGACACCACAGAAGAAGCCAUUGUUGUCAAAAGAAAAACAUUUCUGCAUGUCUGAAAUUUGCAAAAGUGCACUUUGAUGUUCCACAGCGCUACUGGCAAAAUAUUCUGUGGACAGAUGAAACUACAGUUGAGUUGUUUGGAACAACACUGUGUGGAGGGGAAAAAAGGCACAGCACACCAACAUCAAAACCUCAUCCCAACUGUAAAUUAUUGUGGAGGAAGCAUCAUGGUUUGGGUGUGUUUUGCUGUCUCAGGGCCUGGACAGCUUGCUAUCAUCAACGGAAAAAUGAAUUCCCAAGUUUAUCAAGACAUUAUGCAGGAGAAUGUUAGGCUAUCUGUCCACCAGUUGAAGCUCAACAGAAGUUGAGUGACGCAACAGGACAACAACCCACAAUGCAGAAGUAAAUCAACAACAGAAGAAAAUAUGCCUUCUGGAGUGGCCCAGUCAGUGUCCUGACUUCAACCCGAUUGAGAUGCUGUGGCAUGACUUCAAGAGAGCAGUUCACACCAGACAACCCAAGAAUAUCGCUGAACUGAAACAGUUUUGUAAAGAGGAAUGGUCCAAAAUUCCUCCUGAUCGUUGUGCAGGUCUGAUGCGCAAUGACAGAAAAUGUUUGGUUGAGGUUAUUGCUGCCAAAGGAGGGUCAACCAGUUAUUAAAUCCAAGGGUUCACAUACUUUUUCCACCCUGCACUGUGAAUGUUUACAUGGCGUUCAAUAAAGACAUGAACAUGUAGACUUGUUUGUGUUAUUAGUUUAAGCAUACUGUGUCUAUUGUUGUGAUUUUUGUUGUGAUCCAGAUAUUUCCAAAGGGUUCACAUACUUUUUCUUGCCACUGUAGGUAGGCCGUGACUGGCCUCACACUCCAGUACAGUAGGUGGCGGUGUAUGCACCUUAAAAGUUGGAUGCGAUCCGCCAACCCAAUCACAAAAGAAGAACAAGGAGGCGCAGGACAGACUUGCCCAAACGAGAGAACCCCACUAUUUCGAUUGUCCAUACCUGAAUGCCGUACUUCCUGACUUUAGGGGUGUGGUUUUUAGAAUUAGCUUCGCUGAAAUAAACUAGCAAAGUAAUACGAUAUCUAGCCUGUCGACCGCUCUACAAACUAAUUGUAGGCUUACGCAAUGUUCUUCUGAGAAAUAGACUUGUUUACAAGUCGACUCUUUAGUUGCACAGAGUGGCGGGGAUGCGGAAUCAAAAUGGGAAACAUUUUCGGCAGAAAGAGACGCACGCGAGUCACAGAGCAGGACAGAGCCGUUUUGCAACUGAAACAGCAGAGAGAUAAGUUGAAGCAGUACCAAAAGAGAAUCACUCUGCAGCUGGAAAAAGAGAGGAAUCUGGCCAAGCAGCUGCUGAAAGAUGGCAAGAAAGAGAAGGCCCUCCUCUUGCUCAAAAAGAAGAGAUACCAAGACCAGCUCCUAGACAAGACGGAAAACCAGAUUAGUAACCUGGAGCGCAUGUGUCAAGACAUUGAGUUUGCCCAGAUUGAGAUGAAAGUCAUUGAAGGCCUUAAAGUUGGAAACGAUUGCCUGAAGUCAUUGCAUGAGGCGAUGUCCAUCGAGGAUGUGGAGAGAAUUAUGGAUGAGACCCAAGAAGCCAUUGAAUACCAGAGGGAAAUAGAUGAGAUGCUGGCAGGUUCCCUGACACAGGAGGAUGAAGAUGCUAUACUGGCUGAACUGGAGGCCAUCACUCAGGGAGACCUUGACCUACCAGAGGUACCUGAUGAGUCCCUGCCUGAAGUCCCAGAGACAGCUGAGGAAGAGCCAGGUCAAGAGAGACCGAGGAAGAAGCAAGAACGGGAGAUGUUGGCUGUCUAGAAACAUGUUUGUUUGCCAGUGGACUUGGUACGCCGGCCACUAUAUCCCCCUCGUAGGGGUCUCAUGCCCCAACCACCCCAAACACACAGCCACAGAAAGAUUAUCUUCAAUCACUGGAAGCAGAAGCAUCUCUUCCAGUCCCUUACCAUCAAGACUGAUGCUCCUGCUGCCCUGCUAGUCCUUGGUCUUGUGAGCCCCACUAUGGCUCUAUAGGGCUCCUCUGGACUCAACAACCCCAUCACUCCAACCAUGGACAUGAACCUUAUUUUUCAGAUCAUUGCCUGCAGGUUCUUUCCUAUUCUUUUUAUGUUUAGGGCCUAUUUUGAUUGUGCCUAUUGCUUAAGUCCCUUGACAGGUGUUUUUUGUCUUCUGUGAACAAAUUGUGAUUAACGGAUAAAUGAAUGCAUGUCACUUUAUUGAUUUCCCUUCAACCUUUUGUGACUUAGGCUUAUUAUCUGACCACAGAACAUAUUAUCUUUGGAAGGAAUAGCCUACAUUCAUGUUUUAAAGUCAUGACUGUUUUCAUAAACCUAACCUGUUUAGAUGCCAAAUCUUUAUUAAAAAUGAUUCUGCCUCCCGGGUGGAGCAGUGGUCUAGGGCAUUGCGGUGCUAGCCGUGCCACCAGAGACUCUGGGUUUGUUCCCAGGCUCUGUCGUAGCCGGCCGCGACCGGGAGGUCCGUGGGGCGUUGCACAAUUGGCCUAGCGUCGUCCGGGUUAGUGAGGGUUUGGCCGGUAGGGAUAUCCUUGUCUCAUCGCGCACCAGCGACUCCUGUGGCGGGCCGGGCGCAGUGCACGCUAACCAGGUCGCCAGGUGCACAGUGUUUACUCCGACACAUUGGUGUUAAAGAAGCAGUGUGUCUUGGUUGGGUUGUGUUUCGGAGGACGCAUGGCUUUCGACCUUCGUCUCUCCCGAGCCUGUAUGGGAGUUGUAGCGAUGAGACAAGAUGGUAACUACUAACAAUUGGAUACCACAAAAUUGGGGAGUAAAGGGGGUAAAAUUCAACAACAAAGAAUGCCUUGAUUCCUGCCAAACUGUCAGGAAUGCAUUUGACUUUGGCUUUGAUUUCAACUUGUUGAUCUGGCGACAGAAUCUUUAUAACGACACUAACCUAUUUGCUAAAGCAGCCAUUUCAUGUCUAUUCUUUUUCUUCCUCGCUGUCAAACUGUUUAACUAAUCUAUAGCUACAAUUCCUUUUGACUUGGGAAUUAGUUUAGUGUCAUUGGUGAAAGGAAGGGCUAAUCGUAUAUUGUCAGUGGGCUUACUUACCUCUGUACCUCACAGACAACACUGGUGUUAUUAUCGGAUGCCUAGAUUUGACUGAUUUCAGUCAAAGACAACCUCGCUGAGCCUGACCUAGUAUUAUGAUAUUCGGUCUGUCUUACAAUGAAGUGUGAUAUUGGGUUGCUAACUGCCUGGAUUUGUAAUAUUUUACUGGCAUAUCAUAUUCUCAGAGCCUUGGCUAAUUAUUUCUUCAUCGAAAAUGGAGGGCCUACAUAUAAAAGAUAAGCACUACCAACAUAUUUGAUGUAAUAUGUAUGUGGACUAUCAGACCAGAUAUGUAUUGUAUAAAAAAUAAAUGAGUUCUCUAAUCUGUAGUGUCUCUCUGAGCCACUCUUGAUAAUAACUGUGAAGACCAAAUUGACAGUUAUAUCAUAUUGACAAACCUGUGGCGUGUCUAUACGAAAUCUCUUCUGUAACGAUACAAGCAUUUUUAAAGGUAGUGUUUGGCCAGUCUGGUUGUACUCUGUAUGUUAUAUAAACAACCACUAGAGGGCAGCA